AUGGCACUGGAGGUUCGCCAGGAUGGGGUGAUGGAUGCACAGGACAUAGCAGACGAUGCGUUGUUAGCUGAGCCUGCAGUGGAAGACGAGGACAAAGCAGCCGAGUCUGUAACAACUCCUCCUCAAGGUCGAGCUGUGUGGUCUGAUACGGAUGAUGGGGUGAGCUCCGCUGUAGCAGAAGCAGACUUUGAAGCAAGCGUCGGAUACCUGCGAAGCCUAACAGGGGGACGCGACCCUCUGAGUGCUGAUGGUCUCAAGGCGAUGAGAGUUGCAGCGAGCAGUGGAUCGUCGAAGUGUCAGGAGGUCAGUAAAUUGAUAAAAGCCCUUGUGCGGGCUACGGCCAAGGUGCAAUCAUUCGUGGGGCCAGUAUUUUCGGACAGUCCGUCGCAUUCAGCAGCAAACAACAACUACAGCACUAUCAUCAUAGACAGCGACGGCAGCGACAUCAGCGAGGAGCCCCUUAUUCGCCGUCGUACCACUACAGUAUCAGCUGUGCAUGGACUUGCACCCCUCCAAAGCUGUGUUGAUUCUGGUAGAGGGCUUUUUGAUGGACUUGAAGGAGAGGUUGGUGUUGGAUUUGGUGAAGAGGUUGAUAUUGGACGUGAUGGUAGAGGUGAUGAGGACCAUACUGGCGAUUACAGUGUGUAUAGCGGCAGCGGUAAUGCAGCGGACAAAAGCGGCAGCGACAAUGGUAGUGUCAGCGACAACGGUAGCGACGAUGAUGGUGACGAUAAUAUGUAG